AUGGCGGAGUAUUCCUGCGUUAAAUCCACCAAACUUGUCCUCAAAGGGGCAAAAGAGAAAAGCAAGAAAAAGCACAAGGAGAAGAAAAGGAAAAGAGAAGAGGAUGCGGUUGAGCAACUUGAUAUUGUCGGAAACUGGUGGGCUAUCAGUAAUUUUGGUGAAAUUACAGGAACUAUAGCUAUAGAAAUGGAUAAAGGAGCUUAUAUCCAUGCCCUCGACAAUGGCUUGUUUACGCUUGGAGCACCGCAUAAAGAUGAUGAAGGCCCUAGUCCUCCUGAACAGUUUACAGCAAUAAAGUUGUCUGAUACAAGGAUUGCUCUGAAGUCUGGUUAUGGCAAAUACCUUGGUAUAAAUUCAGAUGGACUUGUUGUUGGACGUUCAGAUGCAAUAGGAUCAAGAGAGCAAUGGGAACCUGUCUUCCAAGAUAGGAAAAUGGCAUUACUAGCAGCAAAUAGCUGUUUUAUUAGAUGUAAUGAAGAUGGAGACAUAGAAGCCAAAAGCAAAACUGCCGGGGAAGAAGAAAUGAUAAAGAUUCGUACUUGUGCUGAAAGAGAAGCUAAGAAGAAGGAUGAUGUUCCUCAAGAAGACAAAGGAAAUGUUAAACAGUGUGAAAUCAAUUAUGUAAAGAAAUUCCAGAGUUUUCAAGACAAAAAGCUUAAAAUAAGCAAAGAAGAUACAAAAGCCCUCAGAAAAGCCAGGAAAGAAGGCACCUUUCAUGAAAUGCUACUUGACAGGAGAGCAAAAGUGAAAGCAGAUAGAUACUGCAAGUGACAACCAGCUGGUCCACUUUCUUCCGCAUCUUUGAUGACAGGGUCAAAUUGAAAACAAGAGUAAAAUGUUCUAUAUUUUUUAUUGAAGGC